ACUUCACAAGGUACUUCAAGAAAGAUAUAUAUAAGUGAGACUUGUUGAGCUAGAUAUGGCACUCAAAGCACUUUCACGUUUGUUGCCGAUACGGACACCUGGUGCAUCUUCAUAUUUCAGAUGGAUUCAUACAUCUUCUGCAGUUGGUGUGAAAGAAGUCAAGGUCACAGAGGAAGGAGACAUGACCAUCAUUGAAGGAUCCAUACAAGAUUCCAAGAGGAAGCCCUUCCUGCUGAAAAUGGAUGAUCCAUAUCAUGCAUGUCCCAUGUGUGCCUUAGAGGGCAGAGGGAUCAAGGUCAGGCACACUGAUGUUCUCAUACUCCAACAGUUUCUUAAUAUUAAACAUGAGAUGCUACCCAGGGAAAUAACAGGUCUGUGUAAGAGGCAGCACAGAAGAGUCCUUUCCCUAGUAUUGAUGGCCCAGAAUGCUGGACUCCUGCCUGUUAAUAAAAUGAAAGUGAAGUGGGAGAAGUGGAACCGAUACUAUGAUGAAGAGACAGAUAUUCGAGACUAUAAAUUGAAGGACCUCCAUCACCUCAAGCAUAUGUUGCCAGGGGAAUCAUGAUGGAUAGAAACGGCCUUUAGUGACGCAUCACCAGUGUAAUCGCCUAUCAAGCGAAGCUCAUGUGCUGUCUUCAAAUGAAGCUGUGCAGUAUUCCUCACUGGUGUAAUUCAAAGAAAACGUUAUCUUUCAAAGAUCUCGUUGUCAUUCGUUACAGGAAGGAGUGAGGUAUAUCUUUGAUUACUGAGAUGGUAUCAUUGGGCAGAGGGAUGUAAUAUAUGAAGUUGACUUUUAAAGUUCUGGACACUUUCCCCACAAAAUUGCAAGCCCGAGAUAUUGAUUUCUAGGCUGCAUGUGCCCUUUCCACAUCAUCCUCUGCAACUACAAGUCAUUUUUCCAUCUGUGUACCCACCGCUUGAAGUCAGGAAAGAAUUUACCUUGAUAUUGGCAACAUUAGUAAGCCACUUCUGCCUGAUUAUCAUCGUUUGAUUGAAAAUUGUGAAGUGGUAUGGGAUGCUUCAGUGCUGGAAAGAGCUAGAAAUAUGUGGCAAGAUCAGGCAGAUGAAGCUGAACUUCACUCUGCUGUUUACUGUUUGUCUGUUGCUGUACAUUUUUUUCAGCAGGAUGGCAUGUUAACUGUUUCAAUAGCAGAAUGGUCCGUGUAAAGCCAGGCAUUGUCCAUGUGCAGCAGCACUUCUUACUGUAUCAAACCAAGCCUCCUUUUGCUUGACGCUGGGUGAAAUUUAUGUGUCAACACAAAAUGUUUAUUGACCUGGCUCUUUCCAGUCCUGAAACAUCCCAUAGGAGAUUGCCAUUAUCAAUCGACUGAUGUUGCACGCAGUUGCCCAUUGGUGUUACUUUCAAUUUUCUAUUGCAACAAUUCCCAGAACUUUAUUGGCAACUCUCGUAUGAAUGUAAAACAUGCAUAAUGUGCAGAAUAAAACAAAACGUCAACCUGAAUUUUGGUGGCAACUGGUAAAACUGGCGAUGGGGU